ACAGUGACAGCUUUAUUCGAUUUCAUUAUCGCCUGGGCGACCAUUUUUCCCGUGCUCGAUCUUACUGGCAAGUGCGUGUGAUUUAAGAACAUUUUUGGGGUUUUGCGAAUAAACCUUUGAAACAUCUUAAAUAUGUUGUCAAGAGCUGCACUUUUAGCCGCUGCAAAAAGACCUACCGCGCUUGUUCUCGCUAGAGGGUCAGCGUCUGGCUCAGAAGGCAACCGACCAGUUCGACCAGAACUCCCCGGCAAGGUUCGACUGGGUUUCUUACCAGAAGAAUGGUUUACCUUCUUUUACAAUAAAACCGGAGUGACUGGCCCUUAUGUGUUCGGUGCUGGUCUGUUAACCUAUUUGUGUUCUAAGGAAAUCUACAUCAUGGAGCACGAAUAUUAUAAUGGCCUUUCGCUUGCCAUUAUGGUCAUCUAUGCUGUAAAAAAAUUCGGACCAGCAGUUGCAGCCUUCUGCGAUAAAGAGAUUGAAAAAGUCGAAGAUGAAUGGAAAGAAGGCCGUGAGGCCAAUAUUAAACAAUUGGUCGAUGCAAUUGAAGACGAAAAAAAGGAACAAUGGCGCGCCGAAGGACAAACUUUGUUGAUGCAGGCUAAGAAGGAAAACGUAGCUCUUCAGCUUGAAGCUGCCUAUCGUGAACGCGCUAUGACCGCUUAUCGUGAAGUCAAGAAACGAUUGGAUUACCAAGUGGAGCGCCAAAACGUUGAUCGUCGUAUUUCCCAGAAGCACAUGGUUGAUUGGAUUGUGAGCAAUGUAGUUAAAUCGAUCACUCCUGAUCAAGAGAAAGAAACAUUAAACCGGUGCAUAUCUGAUUUAGGAGCCAUCGCUUCCAGGGCUAAGUAAAAGUGCGCCCAAUUGUGGCUAAACGUAAAUUGUAACACAAAUAAAUUUCAUGUUUUUGGUUUGGCCAAACAAUAGUGGAAAUAAAUGAUCGAUUCAUACCAAGUUGAA